AUGCUUAAUUCGAUUGAAUGUUUUAUUGAAGUACUACAAUUAUAAUAACCAUGUGAUGGUCUUGUUUCAGAAGUGUAACAAUUUUUAGAUUUCGACAUAAACAAAGUAUUACAACAAGAUCAAAGAAAGAUAGUGCAAGAUCCUAUGUAUCAAAUUGUCAAUAGUUGCUAUUAGAUUAUUAAUCAAUUGGUUUAAUUAAAUUGAAGAUCAUUUAUCAAUUAAAUAAGAUGAAAAUGACAAUUAUAUUACUCCUUUAAUUUAAGUUCAAGUCAUGUUGAUCAAUUCUUUCAUUUACAUUUCAAACUAAAAUUUACUUUAAGAAUAUUUUUAUCUAUUUGAAGUCUUAUAAAAAAAAAUAUUAUACCUUAAAAUCUAUUCACCUAAUGAAUUAACCUAAAAUGCUUUAGAAUAAUGCUCAAAAUUUGAAUAGUGCAUAGAUUGUAACAAAAUCUCAUAAAUUAGCAUGCUUCUUUAUAAAAUUAAUUAAUUUAAUUCAAGUGAAAAAAUAGAUCAAUUUUAUCAAUAUAUUAUUAAAUUUGACUAAAAAAAACAUAAAUUAGUUGAUUCAUAAGCCAACUUAAUAUUAUAUUCAUAUUAUCUAAUCUUAUAAUAAUGUUGUUAAUUAGUUGAAGAUAAUAACAAUCUUGAUACUGUUAUUUCUAUAUGUCUUAAUAUUAAAGAAGAACUCAAGAAAUCUGAUCAUAAUUAUCUCAACCAAUGUAAUCAAUGUAUCUUAUUAUCUUACUACAAAUUAAACAGAAUUAAUGAUUUCAUACAAUAAAGUAAAUAAUAUGAUUUAUAAAAAACUACUCCACUUGAAAUUUAAUUACUUAUUUUAAUUGUUAAAUUCAAAGAACUAUCUACAGAAAUUGAUUUUGAAAAAGUUAAAAAUUAAGUCACUAAAAUGUUUUAACAAUUUCUAGAUAACAAUUUAAUGCAUACUGUCACUGAUAUUCUUAUAUUACUUAAAGAAUUAAAUUAAAAUAUAUCUUAAUAUACAAUCAAUUUUGUACUCAUUUAUUAAUGGUUUCAAUUCAAAUUUAAUCUUAUACUUAGAGCAUCUAAUCAAUAGAACAUUAUUAAAUUAAUUAAAGACAUCAAUUAAAUGCUUCUAGACUUUCCUUAAUUAAUGAGCAUUAAUAAUUUCAAUAAAGAUCAAAUUCAAACCUUAAACAAUAAUCUUAUAAUCAAUAUUUUAGACUUAUGUUAAUUAAUAUUUACUAUCGUCUAACACAUUACAAAAUAUUAAGAAGUUUGUUUAGAUGAAUUUUUUUAGAUGAUUUUAUUGAUAAUUCCUCAUUUUGCUAGUGAUAUCAAAUUGUCUAAAUAAUUUGGAUCAUUAAUUACUUUAUUAUCAAAUCUUUAAAUUAAAGAAAGUUAAACCUUGUAACAUUUAGCUAUGUUCUUAAAUUUAGAAUUUGGCAUCUUACCAUAAACUUAAACAAUUUUAUUUUAAAAUUUAUUAAAAAAUUAUAAAUCAGGUAUUGUUACUGCAACUUUACUAUUUUUAAAAGAAUUUCAAAGCAAUAACAAAUAAGAAAAUAGAAUUAAUUUAUGUAAAUAAUUAAAAUCCCUUCUUGAAGAAUCAUACUAAUUAAUUGAUUCAAAUUCAGUCUUGUUUUAUUCAAUUUUAGAAUCAUGUAUAAGGAAUUAAUAAAUCUACUAUUACUAGACAGUAAUUAACUUCUUUGUAGAAUAUCAACCUACCUUAGAUCAACAUAUGUAUUAUUUCUUAUUGAAUUUUAUUGAGAAAUGCAUUAAAUAAAAUGAUCCUGCAAAUGUUGAUCAUUUAUAUUAAUUACUUUAUUAAUAUAUAGCCUCAAAGAAGAGUCUAUCAAUUGAUCUAUGUAAAUAAUCAUAUAAUAUAUGUACAAUACCUCCCUCAUCAUUAGCUAAGUAAUUAGUUAAAUUUCAUACUUAUUUUAUGAUCUCAGUGUAAAUGGAUACAUGUUCAAUAUAAUUCAUUAAAGAUACAGUUAUGGGAAAUAAUUAGUAUAAAUAUUAAUGGAAGGUGGAAAAUAAUAAAUCUUUAUUCAUUAUUGUAUCUGAAAUUUUAGAACAACUAUAACCAGAAUCACAAUUUAAAUUAGAACUUAUCAAUAUUAAACAUCUCUUUGAAUUAUUUUUUUAUCUAAUUGAAUAAAAUACAAAAAUGGAAGUUAAUAAUGUGAUUCCUUACUCUUUGAGAUAAAUUAUCAAAAUGGCUUACAAUUAUAAGUUGGAUGAAGUAAUUUACAUUUUUAUUGUAGUUUGUAUGUAAGAUUUUGUUAAUUUCAUUCAAUCAUGAAAAUUUAUUUUUGUUUCUUCUUUUAGAAUUGUAAUCCUAUGAAGGAAAUAGAUAAUUGAUGAUUUUAAAGAAAUUUAUUUAUGAACAAUAAAUACCAUUAUAUGGAUAUCUUUUGGUAAUCUGUUAGAUUGUAGAAACAAGUGAUACAUUAGAAACUAUAUUAGAGAUGUUACCAUAAUUAAAUCAGUAAAUAUCAUAUAUAUAAUAAUUUAUAGAAUUUUAAGAACAACUCCUGUUGAUGAAAAUUUGAAAUAAUUCACUCAAUUACUAUAUUUGAAAUUGACAGCUUUAAAAGAAUAUGUUCCAAUUGGAAAAAUCGAUAUGAUAUGUCAAUCUAUUAGUUUAUUAUCUAUUUGA